UUAUGCUUGAGGAAGAUGACGAAAUAGAGAAUAUUGCUGUUAACGCACUUGUUGAGUUUAUAAACGGUUUGGCCCAAAGAAGGCAAAGGACAUGCAUACCUGACUACGUCGAAAAUAUUAUACCAAUAUAUUCAGAUAAGGAAUUCAUUAUGCAUUAUAGGUUAAAGCGAAUGCUUGUAAUGGACAUAAUUGACAAAUUUAAUCAGUGGCCACAUUUUAGAAAUCUGGGAGGACAUGGAGGAUUUGAGCCUAUUUCUGCUGAAAAACACAUCUUCACCUUUCUAUGGUUUGCUGGACAUCAAAGUGCAAGCUUUAGAGACGUUGCUGACAGAUUCAGUGUCUCUCUUAGUACCGUUGAAUCAAUAUUACGGAGGGUCACACAAUUUUUAUAUGAAAUGAGGAAUGAAGUUAUUCGAUAUCCUAUUGAGGCAGAGAAGCAAAGAACGCAAAGACACUAUUUCGAAAAUAAAGAUUUUCCAGGAGUAAUUGGAUCUAUUGAUGGUUCAUAUAUCCGUAUCGAUAAACCUUCUGAAGAUCCAGUGGCCUACAUCAACAGAAAGCAUUAUUUUUCUGUACACAUGCAGGGCACAGUUAAUGAGAAGAAAAAGUUUUUAGAUGUAUUUGUUGGAUACCCUGGCUCAGUGCAUGAUGCAAGGGUAUUUGCAAAUUCUAGUUUGGCUGAAGACUUGCCAGCACUUUGUCAAGAUGGAAGCAUAUUUCUUGAUGACGCUGCAUAUCCAUGUCUGCCUCAAUUAAUUACUCCAUAUCGAGAUAACGGACAUUUAACGCAGGCUCAAAGAAAUUUUAAUCGCAUGCACAGUCAGUGCAGAAUCUCCGUGGAGCAUGGAUUUGGAGAGCUGAAACAGCGCUUCAGACAAUUAUAUUUUCUCAAACUGAGGAAUAUGGAAUUUAUUGUUAAAUUUAUUCUGGUUUGCUGCGUGCUUCACAAUUUGGCUAACUUAGAUGAUCUGGAAUACAUGGAAGAACCCGAAGAACCUGAAAACGAAUAUAUUGAUAUAAAUGCACGAGCGUUACAACAUCUGGUAGCAGAUGAAGAUGAAGAUCCAAUUGAUGAUCGACGUGGUCGCGAUCUCAGGGACGAACUAUGUCGACAACUAUUUCAAAGGCAACUGAACGAGUAA